UUUUGAAGGUUGUUGCCGGAAGUCCCUGACGCGAAUGUCUCGUGCUUGGUCGGUGGGCACACGCGCGCACACACCGACGGGACCGUGGUGUCUGUAGACAGGAGACGGGCAGAAAGCAGAAACAUAGCGAGGAUAUGAUUCCGUUGCUAACUUCGCGUGUCCUCGUGUAACGGCGCCCGCUCGGCCGGUUGAGUAUUUGUCGGUGUUCCGGUGGCGGAGCGGCUCCUCGCCGUUUUGGCGGCGGGAGUGUGAGUAAAUGAACGCGUUGUUUGGAGCCGUUGAACAAAGAGCUUUUCUUCCCUCUAACGUUACCUUUGUUGCCGAGCGGAGCGCCUGUUUUCGACCCAGCUCGGAGGUGGUUCCGACCGUGAAAGUGAGGGGCGGCCUGUGCUCCAGUCAUGACCUCUGGGAAUGGGAACACUAACAGCAGCCAACACGAUGGAGAGAGCAAACCAGCCCAGGCCUUAGUCAAGUCCCACAUCCUCACCCACCUGAUAGAAGGCUUCGUUAUCCAGGAGGGUGCUGAGCCUUUCCCCGUGGAACGUCCAUCUUUCUCAAUUGAGAGCCUAAGGAGACACACGGCAGACUCAAAGAUGGACGGCCUCUACCCAAAAGAGUUGAAGGCCCAGCAGGAGCCCAUGCUGACCUGCGAGCUGUGUGGCAGGGUGGACUUCGCCUACGUCUUCAAGAGGUCCAAGAGGUUCUGUUCUACUGUGUGCGCCAAACGCUACAAUGUGGGAUGCACGAAGAGAAUGGGUCUCUUCCCAAACCGCAAAACCACCCUGGAGAACAUGAAGAAACAAAGAGCACUGAACGGAAACCACAAAAACUGCAGUUUAGAGCCUAAAAAGAAGGCUGCCCCCCCUGUGCAGAAGCCUGCUGCCGCUCUGUCCGCGGGUCACUCGCUCCACCCUGCGCAGGGAGAGUCCAGCCAGUGUUCAGACUUGUCCGGCUACAGAAGACCCCCGUCCCCCCAGUCGCCCGCGGUGCGAGGCUCUGAGCUGCCCCCCAGCUUCCUGCCCGGCGACCCCGGCCAGUGGAACAUAGAGGACGUCUACGAGUUCAUCUCCUCUCUGCCAGGUUGUCAGGAGAUCGCUGAGGAGUUCCGCUGUCAGGAGAUCGAUGGGCAGGCCCUGCUGCUGCUGAAGGAGGACCAUCUCAUGGGGACCAUGAACAUCAAACUGGGCCCUGCGCUCAAGGUCUUUGCCCAGAUUAGCAUGCUCAAAGACUCGUAGCCCACCUCACCUCUCUCUCUCACACACACACACACACACACACACACACACACACACACACACACACACACACUCUGCUGCGACGGGACAAACAGGAUGUGCUCAGGAUCCCACAUGUUGACUAACUGAGCUCACUUCAGGUCGCGGGUCAGACAUGUUUGAUGGAUGUUUUCGCGUCGUGGCCUGCUGAACGCGAGGACAUCAGCUGGGACUGCAGGACUCGCCUUUUACACUGAUGACUUCACUACUUCAGGAAACGCCUCCCCGUAGUUUGACAGGAACGGUGCUAGGUAGUCUGCGGUGGGAACACAUCGUUGUCUUCGUAAUGUGCUGCUGCACCUUGGGUUCCUGCGGGAGAGGGUUAAGGUUAGCAGUUGAUUUGUUCUAGUGUUUCUCACCGGAGCACCACUGUGAAGAUUUUAGGAACAUUUUGGGAAACAUACCUGAUGGUUAGAAGAUCAGUGUGCAUCCUGUGCAGAGCUACAGUUAGUCCUGAUCCAAGACUUUCAUACUACCUAUCAGGGUCCUGCUUCCUCCUUGAACUCGGGACAUUUCAGUCACUGAGCGCCUCAGUGGAGCGCCUUAGAGGGAGAAUGGAGGGUUGCAGUCUUUUUAACAAAAGCCAUGAACAUUACAAAGAAAGGUCUUCUUCAUUAAAGUCAGUACAAGCCAUGUAAAGUGACGCUGAACGGCGGAGAAGGGAAGUUAUAGAAAGAAGCAGCAUUGCUGCGAUACAUCUUCCAGCCACCAGUGGCAGCACUGAGCUCACAGCUCUGCAGUUGAUGAGUGACAAAGAAAUCCUGCGCCAUCUUUGGUCGGUGUGUUUCCACUUUUCUUUUUUUACUGAAUAUAAAAGUUAAUUCUUGGCCAUCAGCUGAUGGAGUUCAGUUUUUGUUUGAGGCGCUCAGUGACUGAAAUGUUGGAGAUCCAGCAGAUGGCGAUGCAGGACCGUGAUGUGUAGUAGGACAGUCCUGGAUCAGGGCUAAGAUACCGUGCUGGACUGGAAGACUGGAAGCUGGAGGAAACUGCUGCAUUAACUCCAUCAGCAGCUGGGAGAAAAGCCAAACCACCACCCAGAAGCUGUUUAAUGAUGAUGAGGUUUGCAGUUGGAGCCAUUUGUUGUCCAACAGCCAUUAACAGGAUCCAGUACUGUGUGUGCACAAGACCGUUUUGAACCAGUCUUUGUGCUGAGCUGGACUAAAGAUGUCCCGGGCCGUCUCUGCUGGGCACACAGAGAUGAAGCCCAGGAGGAAGGUGGUCCUGACUCUGCUAACGCAGCACACAAGCUCAUUUCCCUAAAUAUCAGAAGACGCCUCGGUUAGAUGGCCCGCUGCUUAAUUGUACCAAUUUAAGAACCGUUGGUUCUUUUUUACGAGGUUUUGGACACGAUAGAGUGCAAACACACUGACUCAAUAAACCUCGUGUUUGUUUCCUGGUUUAUACUUCUGUGUCUCAGGGUCUCUGCACAGACGUAUAGAAGUGAUCCAGCAUAGUUGUAUUGAUUCAGUUCCCCCGUCAUGUUUGACUAGUUCGCGCUACAUUUAAUUAGAAGGCGAUUCGAAUUUCCUCACGUUCCACGCUGCCAUCACAGCGAUCAUAUGGAGUCCCCGCCAUAAGUGCCUGUGGUGACACGGAGACGCAGAAGUAUAAGUCGGCUGUGGACGGUUUGUACGUCACUUCAGUACACUGUUACCAAAGCCAAGUGAAUGUCACUGCUGAGGUACCUCCGCUCUGGUUUCCUCCUGCAGACGAGGUAUAUUCCUCUGUCGUUGAAGAGAGAAGGGCGGCGUGUAAUCCAUGGACGUCAUGAGGCCCAUUUCACUGGAGAGACUUUUCCUAAACUAGUCUGGCUGUAACUUACUGGUCAACAUAAUAUAAUCUGCAUCACAAGGUGUCGUUUGUUUACAGUAUUUCAUUUUGGAAUAAAACUGGUGUCUUUAGUUGCAUUUGAAACACCGUGGUGAUUGGGUCAUGGCUGUGACAUCACAAAUCUUCAUAGGAGACAGAAAGCGUCCUGAAAGCACCUGUGUCACAGUAAUGACAGGUGGGUAGUGGUUAGUGUUACUGGCCUCUGAAUUAUUGAACCGUUUUUCCUAAAAAGUUUUGUUUUUUGAAAUACAGAAAACCAAAACUCCGAAAUAAAACCAUUAGAUGAAUUA